AUGGACGAGUCUCGACUUGGUUACAUCAAACCUGAGGACGUCUUCGAGUUAGUCACUGAGAACAAAGCGAAGAAGAAAUUUUUGAUAAUAGAUGUUCGUGGGAAUGAUUUAGGAGAUAAAGUCAUCAAAAGUGCCAUAAGCAUACCUUCAUACAAUUUCCGCGACACAGCAGAUUCUUUGGCUUCGAUGUACUCUUCAUAUGACUUGGUGAUAGUCCAUUGUAUGAUGUCUCACUCUCGAGGUCCAUCUUGUGCCUAUAUGUUAAAUUUUGCUUUUCAAAACCCUAAAUACAAAGACAGUAAAACGGAAAUUAAAGUACUUUCGGGGGGUUUUGAGAAGUUUUAUGAUAUGUAUUUCGACAAAGAUGUGUUCGAUACCGUCUAA